AUGGUAAAGAACUUCCGCAAGCGAACCCUCGAGUCGGACGCCGCCGACAACUCCGACGACGAGGGCACCCGCCGCGUUUCUCUGGAGGAGGUCAGGUACACGCAGAAGCUCCGGGAGAGGAAGCUGGGCAUCCCCGCGGCGUCCGUGGCCACCGGCGCCGGCGCCGCCACCGCCACCACUGACGGGUCCUCCGCUCGGGGCCGAGGUGGCAGCGGGGCAGGGGCAGCGGGCGAGGAGGACCUUGUGCUACAGGACACCUUUGCGCAGGAGACCGCUGUUACCAUCGAAGACCCCAAUAUGUUGAGGUAUGUGGAGAACGAGCUGUUGAAGAAGAGGGGCAAGACGAUUGAGGUGAACGACAAGGACGAUAAGGACGAGGUGGAUGAGCUCUAUGUCGUGCCGGACCACCUGAAGGUGAGGAAGAAGAACAUGGAGGAGAGCUCAACCCAGUGGACCACCGGCAUCGCUGAAGUUCAGCUGCCCAUCGAGUAUAAAUUGAGAAAUAUUGAAGAAACCGAGGCAGCCAAAAAAUUGCUGCAGGAGAGAAGGCUUGCUGGUAAAACAAAAUCAGAUGCAAACAUUCCAUCAAGUUACAGUGCUGAUUAUUUCCAUCGUGGGAGAGAUUAUGCUGAAAAAUUGCGAAGAGAACAUCCUGAGUUGUACAAAGGUCAAGAUUCACAAGCUAAUGAAAAUGGAGGCAAACCAACAGAUAGUAACAAUCCAGGUGGUCCACCUGCAGGACGUAGAGAAGCUGCUACCGAUGAAUUGUUGCUCGAGCGUUUCCGCAAGCGAGAGAAAUUCCGUGUCAUGCGAAGAUAG